GAGAAGAUCAAAAGGACAGAUGAUCAUCACCUUAGAGGUCUCCUCGCCCUCAAACAUUCAAAUCUUGUUACCAUAUGGAGAAUAGACGGUUUGGAUUCACGCUUUCCAAUGGCAGAUGUCAUCUCCGAAGAGGCUCCUCUCGGUAAUUUGAACAACUAUGUUCUUGAAAAGCGAUGUCAGAUUGGUGAUAUAGUAACGUUCCUGUCUCAAGUGGCGUCUGCUAUGCAUUAUCUCCAUAUGAAGCAUAUUGUACACAGAGACCUCCGUGCUACUUAUGUUAAUGUCGUAUCGCCCAACAAGAUUAAGGUUGGGCGUCUGGGUCGUUCGAAGCCUCUUUCUGUAAGUGAAUACGAGGUUACGAGCACUUCAUGCGUGGUGCAGGCUGCCAUGCCUCCGGACUCAACACGUUGGAGUGCACCAGAGGUUAUCCUGGAUGGACGCUACACGCAUGCAAGUGAUGUCUGGUCAUUUGGGAUUCUAGCAUGGGAGCUUUAUACGUCAUUCGCAACUGGACUAGAUGGACGAGACUCCUCGCGACCUUUCUUUGAUCUGGACGAUCAAGAGAUAUUGCCUCACAUAAGGGACAAUGGACCGCUAGCUAAACCAGACGACUGUCCCGAAUGGGUGUAUAUCCUAAUGCAUCAGUGUUGGGCAUAUUUCCCACAGCAGCGACCUCCCUUUUUGGCCAUCUUUGACUGCCUUACCAGCAGGGAGCCAAUGAAGUCCUGGAUUAUGAAAUUAUGGCUGAAAAAUCAUGACAAAAGUGAAUGGCCAGAUUUGUCCGUCUGUCAACCGGAAGAUGCUUUCCAUGUAACAAGUUUAGAGCAACACCCCUCUGACGAUGUCAUAGAUAAGAUGUGCUCACCUGACUUCUUCUCCGAGCACGAAUACAAGUACGUUUGCAAUACUUCUGGUCUGGCUGGUGGCAAAGAUGACUACUCAAAAGCAGACGGAACCUCAGAAAUGCCAGUCACGAAUGAUAUCUCACAAUACCCAUCAGCCUUUAUUAGCUGUCUUACAGUGGAAGAAACUCCACAGCUUGUACCAGUCCCUGAGCCACAAAAAGCACCCAACAACGACCAUGCUGGUUAAUUAUGUCCUGUAGAUCUGAGCUCUAUUAAGAGCAACGAGGAAAGCGACACUAGUGUAACCGAUUCCGCGGAAAGCCAGAAAGGAUUUCUCACCAGUACAGGAUAUUUUUAUCAGCAAGUUAAAAAGGUUAAGCAAAAUUCUGAAGUAAAUGACAGCAGUGCAAUCCAUUUAACUGACGGCAAGGCUUCCCUAUUGGAGGAUGCACCUGAUUUGCAAUAUGUCAAUCUGGGGCCUCGAGUAAAUCAACAACACACUUCCUUAUAUCAAAACAUGGAAGCAAUCCCUAAAGAAACGAGCUCUAAACGUAAAGAGAAAGCUGCUGUGGUUUGUUUGAAUCCCACAAAAGAAAGAUACAGAGCAGGGCAUUCCAAAGUCAAGAGGGCUGAAAAUGCGCAAGAACAUGGAGACCAACUGGUCUCACCGAAUGAUGACUUGUAUGCAAACGUGCAGGGAAACAGCGUUACCAAACAUGCAAUUUCACAAACACACAUGGUGGCCGAACAAUCCGCUAUCGUGGAAACCAUUCAUGAAGAAAAGAAAACGAGGGAAAAUUCCCAUCAUAUCUGCGAACGUUCUUGGAAUAAAAUUAGCGACGAGAAUUCUUCCACGGUAAAUGGACGUAUUGGCAUUUAUCCCUUCGGGCGAAAAGAUCCCGAGUUAGAGAUCUAUGAAUUUUAUGAAACAUUUUGAAUUAUCGAGAGAAAAAAUUUCCGUUUUGAUCUUAAAAUUCAUAAAAUCUUAAAGGAUCUAUUACAUUCUGUAAAGUAAUACCGUUUAAAGCUACUAUAGUCAAAUAAUUUUCACUACAAGAUGUAAUUUUAGCAUUUGCACCGAUCACUGCAUAGUUUAUUCCUUCUAACGGAAUGGUUGGAGUUUGAAGAGAAUUUGUGACGCCAUAUUUAAUUAAAAAGUGGAUUAUACAACCACUUCUAUAGAAAUGAAGCUGGGUGCGAUCAAUAAUUAUUUUCUUUACACAAGUGUAACUCGGUUCACGGAGGACAAAUGACACGAAUGGAAAUAUUUCCAUAUUUUCAUUAGCGUCUUUAAAAAAUAGGUCCACAAUGCGUACACGUGUGGCUUACGAAAUUGAGCUGCUUUUUGGUGUCUGGUGUCCAAUUGAGUUUCUUUUAGAAGAGCUAAUAUAUGAUUACAGUUAGAUAAUUUUAAAUAUUGUUUGUGUUUUCAAU